AUGGUAAACGUCUUCCACCGCUUCACCCGACGCCGAGCCCAGAGCUCCGGCAGCAACCAGGUAGACCGAGCCGAGACUGCAGGACCCAAUUCCGCUGUAUCUCAUCCACAUGGCUUACAGCGAACGGUCAGUACAAGUUCCGGCAGGUGCGGCCGGCGCUAUGAAGAUCCUUGGCACAGAUAUCUCAUCAUCGUCUCUGAUACGGUGCAAUUCGAUCCGCAUGUCAUUCAGCGCUUCCAAGCUGAGGGCUUUGAUGUGACUUAUGUUCCUUUCACGGGCUGUGGGGAUCUAGACAAGGACCGUAAAGCUCUUGAGAAUGUCAUCCGUCUGGAAGAAGAUGAGCUUGAGACCGGGGAGCGGUUUGCGAUUGCCGCAUACCACCGACCAGCUUACCUUCUUCUAUCCGCGCACCACCAGACAAUAAGCAAUACAAACCCCUUCCCACGUCUAUGUGCUUUGAUAGCAUAUUACCCCCUCCCUUCGUCAGACCAAUACACAUACAAACGGAAAGAAAAUUGUGAACCACCGGGAUGCUCAGAUACCUCGACUAUCUUUGAGGCUGGUCCCAAGACCACCUUCCUCCCUAUCCAGGUCCACAUGCCGGGACCGAAAGUCCAACCCUGCGCCCUGUGGCCUUGGAUUCACCUCAGUGCUUCGGAGGGGGAUGUCACAUAUAAGAAACGGCAUAGAUGUCACGUCUACUCGUAUCCUGGGUGUACAGCUGGUUUCGCAGAGAAGGAGAUUGGGGAUGAGAGGUUUGGAGAGGAGGAUGAGGAUAUGGAUAUCACAUACGAGGAUGAGGUUGGGUCGCAGUUGGCUUGGAGUCGGGUGCUUGGUUGUUUGAAGAGGUCUUUUGGGGUUGGGGGUCAUUGGGCGGUUGUUGAUAUUGAAACUGUUUGGGAGGAAUAUUGGGAUCGGAUUUGUGCUGAGGCCGAUGAGCGACGGUUCGGGGAUCAGCGGGUCGUCGAGAAGCCCGUUGAGCUACUUGCUGCUAGUCAUGCUGGUGAGGUCGGCUGUCCUGUUGGAGAGUCGGCUGUUACUUGUCUUCCUACGUUUGCCGGUGCUUCUGAUAUAUCGAGUCUGAAAUCUUUCUUUGCUCAGACUUUUAUUCCUAAUGGUCCCGAGGAUCAAAAGAUUCGUCUUUUAACUAGGACUGUGGGAUCUGAUCGGAUUGUUGAUGAGAUCCAGUUUUCUUGUCGCCAUACUGCUGAAAUACCCUGGUUGUUACCUGGUAUUGCGCCUACAGGUCGAGAUAUCCAAGUCAUAGUCAUUGUGGUUGCAAGUUUCUGUGCAGGCCAGAUUACGCGCCAGAGCAUAUACUGGGAUCAGGCCAGCGUGCUGGUACAAGCUGGAAUGUUGGAUCCGGGGCUUCUGCCGCGGGCAGUUCAGCCUGUUCCAGUUUAA